CCAGCUGGACUUUUUCCUCAUUCCGCACUGAGUUCUUAUGCCUUAAAUUCAAUUACCCUAUUACAUUAAAUUGCUCAUUUGAAAUUGUAUUUUACUAGAUUAAGAUAGUUCCCUUCAUUAUUUUAAUUGUUUUGCAGCGGUGCAGUCCAUGAUCAGACUUCAGCGGCAAUUGGGAUCAGGAGGUGAGCGCUUCCGAUCGAGAGGAUAAUGUGUUCAAUAUUUCGCAACCGCAUCAAUUACCGUGGAACUGGUGGCACCAGGAGCGGCAGCGGGGAGCGGGAAAGGGACCGCGACCGGGAUCGGGACAGGGAUCGAGAUCGCGAUCGCGAUCGGGAAAGGGACAGAGACACCCUGCUGGCCAAGGAACUGGACGCGGAUAGCAAUAACAAUGGUACCGAGCCACAAAUGGAGGCGGAAGCGGUGCCGGAAUCCGAUACGGAAAGGGAAAUGGCCGAGGAGCGCGGCGAGGAUCAGGAGCCGGAGAACAGCAACGAGGCCCUGGACCUCUCGCUGAUCUCGUCCGGCGGUCGGGAGUCACUGCCGGGCAGUGGCCACGUGUCGCUGGAGGCUCUACAACAUACCAAAGUGGCGGUGGCCCAGUUUGCGGCCACCGCGAUGGCGGGUAACCACCAGUCCGCCGAUCUGGCCAUGGUGCAGUCCACCAUCUUCAAUGUGCAGCGGCAGCAUCUGAUGCAGCUACAGCUCAUCCAGCACCUGCAGAGUCAAUUGAAAAGGGCCGAGGCAGCCGCCCUGGGCAGGCAUGCCCACAGCGAUGAGGAGGAGGAGCCGGAGGCAGAGCCGGAGCCGGAGCGGGAGCCCAAGAAGCAGCCCACCAACGGCAUGAAGGAGGAGGUGGAGCUGGAGCAGGGUCCGGUGUCAGAGCAGGAUCAGGAGCAGCGGCGGGAGGAGAAUUUAAAGACUGACAAGAGGGGAACUGAGGAGCGAAAGGCAGAGUCAGAGGGUUACCAAUCCAUGAUGUGCGACAUAAGCUCGAGUCUGGCAUCGAGCAUCAUCACCAACCACGAUCCGCCGCCAGCACCCAACGAGCCCAACUGCCUGGAGAUGUUGCAACGGCGAACGGAGGAGGUCCUCGACUCCGCAUCGCAGAGCUUGCACGCUGCUCAGAUGCAAGAGGAGUACUCGGAGUAUGCCUCCAAGGAGGCACAAAGUCGCGGCGAGAUCUUCAAGCAUCGCUGCAAGUACUGCGGCAAGAUCUUCGGCAGCUACUCCGCCCUGCAGAUCCAUCUGAGGUCGCAUACUGGUGAACGGCCAUUCGUUUGCAAUGUUUGCGGAAGUAAAUUCACCACGAAAGGCAACCUGAAGGUGCACUACCAGCGGCAUACGCAGAUCUUUCCACCCAUGCUGCUGCCACCAGGAGUGGCGCCCAACGUGGGGCAUUCGGGUCAGGGGCAAGUCCAGGGCGAGCAGUAUCCCAUUCGCCUGCCUUUCGCGCCACCAGUGACUCCUGGGGUUCAAGAGCAGGUUCAUGCUCAAGUGGAGGAGCCCGAGGAGAUCAGGCAGGAGAUUCCAGUUGCGCAGGCAGAAGAUCUCAGCAAGCCGGUGGUGAAGGAGAAGGAGAAGUCCCACUCACCCGUGGAGCGUGUCAAGACACCCAAAGAAGUGAAGGCAGAUGCACCAUUGCCGUCAUCAGAGAAGCCCGAGAAGGAGCUCUCCAAGCCGGUGGUGACCUCGUCGCGGCGAAAUGGAUCUGUGCGGAAGCGACAAACAAGUGCGGUAAGUCCGCCGCAGGAGGAUAGGGAGCGGGAUCUGGUGGAGCACAUGCACAUAGCCAAGCUGGUGAGACGCUCCUCGGCCAGCAGAGAGUCACAGCCGGCGGAGUACUCACUGGCGCAAAUGGAGCGCAUCAUCGACAAGUCGUGGGAGGAUCUGAUCGAGAUCGACAAGACCUCGGAGACAUCGAAGCUGCAGCAGUUGGUGGACAACAUCGAGAACAAGCUGACCGAUCCCAACCAGUGCAUCUUCUGCCAGAAGGUCAUGUCCUGUCGCAGCUCCCUGCAAAUGCAUAUCCGGACCCACACCGGAGAGCGUCCGUUCCGUUGCAAGAUCUGCGGCAGGGCAUUCGCCACGAAGGGCAAUCUGAAGGCCCACAUGAGCAUACACAAGAUCAAGCCGCCGAUGCGGAGCCAGUUCAAGUGUCCGGUGUGCCACCAGAAGUUCUCCAACGGCAUCAUCCUGCAGCAGCACAUUCGCAUCCACACCAUGGACGAUGGCAGCGGCGGGCAGGGAGCAGCUGCCACCAAUCCUGGCGAGGCCGAACGCUUGGGUAUCGAAGAUCAAAACUCGAACAAGUCGCUGGGCACGUCGGAUACAUUGGACUUCUCCACCACCAUAUCGGAUCACUCGGGUCAGCGAUCGGAGUCCUCGCAGGGCGGAGAUUUCGAUGAGUUUAUGACCAUGGACAGCACCGAUGACUCCAGGGACAACUCAAGUGCAGCCACAGCCACGCCUCAUCCUCUGGAAAGGGAGAGGGAUAGGGAGAAGGAGCGGGAGCGGGAUCGGGAGAGAAGGAUUCCCAACGAUGGCUCCGAUGAGAGAUCCCAAUCCAAUCCUGAUCUAACUGGCGGCCGCAGCGAGAGUGGCGAAAUGCCCGCCAUGGAUCUCUCUUCGCCCUCCUCGAACUCGGGUCGCAUCUUCGCAGCUGGACUGGCCAACGGAGCUGCUGGCUCUGGAGGAUCUGGAAACGGGGGUCUGCCCAUGCUCGGCAUGCCCAUGCCGCCCAAUCUUCUGCUCAUGGCAGCUGCUCGCGAGGAAAUGCACGCGCUAGGUCACGCUCACGCCAAAUUUCCCCUGCUGCCCUUUGGUCCACUUGGAUUUAUGGGUCUGCACCCGCCCCCCAAUGUGUGCAAUCUCUGCUUCAAGAUGCUGCCCAGCCUGGCCGCCUUGGAGAGCCAUUUGCAGAGCGAACAUGCCAAAGAACCGGCGACGGGCCACGCCCACCGCCCACAAUGCAGCGAUGCUGGAUCGCCGUAUGGAGCAAAGCUCACUCUCAAUCCAAAUCUGUUCGCAAAGAAGCCGCCAUCGUCGUCGUCGGGUGAAAAGCUGCCGGAGGCAUCCAAUCCGCCCUUCUCCGCUGAAAAUCCCCCAGCAACGCCCAUCAAGGAGGAUCCCGAGCAGGAGCAGUUGAUGGUGGAGGAGGGUGCUGCGGCUGGCGAAGGAUCUGCCACUGGAGGCGCCUCCAAUUAUGCCCAGGAUGCCGGUGAUGCAGAGCAGUCCCUGAUGAAGAUGCAGCUCCAUGCCCAUCGUUUUCCUGCCAGUCCCCUCGACUUUCAGCAGGCUCUGAUGUCCGCCGGACCGCCGACCUCCAGCCUGGAUCCUCCGGUGAACAACAAGCACUUUUGCCACGUCUGCCGCCGGAACUUCAGUUCCAGUUCCGCUCUCCAGAUCCACAUGCGCACCCACACGGGCGACAAGCCCUUCCAGUGCAAUGUGUGCCAGAAGGCGUUCACCACCAAGGGGAAUCUCAAGGUCCAUAUGGGCACCCACAUGUGGACGAAUCCGACUUCGCGGCGGGGUCGUCGAAUGUCCUUGGAGCUACCCAUGCGACCGGGUCCCAGCUCGGGCCAAGCUCAUCCUGGAUCCAGUGCAGAACAGGAGUUCAUGCAGCGACGACCGGAGCUCUUUUUUCCCUAUCUGCCGCCCUUCUUUAACGGAUUGCCACCCAAGCCUGGGGAACUCAGUCCCGGCGCCUUUCCCAAUAUUCCCCCGCCUCCCUUCGCCAACGGCGGCAAGUAUCCCUAUCCGCCCGGACUCCUUGGCUUCCCCGGCUUCCUCGCCCAGCAUCCCUACGGCCUAGAGCGGAGGAGCAGCAGCAAGUCACCCACGCCGGAGCCGGCCCAGAGUCCUGCGCUGCGGGAGGAGGAGGGUUCUGGCAAUAUCUGGCAUCCACUGAGUCGCAUCAAGGUGGAGAGCAAUCAAAACGAGUCCAUGGGCGGCUUCAACGAGCAGGAGGAUCAGGCUGAGGCGGAGGCCACUGGCGGGGACAACGAGGAAUCCGAGUCCCGGGAUGCGGAGAAGUAACGUGGAGAAGGAGGAGGAGCAGCAGGAGGAGCUGAUGAGAUCUUAGUCUUGGAACACACAUGGUUUUUGUGGAGUACAUAUCUUGAGCAUUACCCUACGCUAAGCUUCAACUAGCACUGACACGAACUCAAACACCACCCACACACUUAUACGAUUAUAUCCUUUGUGUCUAUACAAAUAUAUAUAUACAUAUAUA